UUUACGCUGAACAGCUAUAUGCUAGGCUCACAGAUUCUUUGAAUGACCAUAUUAACCUCGAGACUUGCUGGACGACACCUGAAACGGGUCAGCGACUGCUUUGGUUCCUAUCUGUUUGAAUUUGUAAGCAGUAGAACACAAGGAGGAGAAGGGUUUUGCGAUGGCGAAGUCGACGAGCAAGGACGCCCAAGUCCUUUUCCACUCUCUCCGUUCUGCUUAUGCGUCCACCCCCACUAAUCUCAAAAUAAUCGAUCUCUACGCGGGUUUCGCCGUAUUCACUGCUCUGAUCCAGGUGGUUUACAUGGCUAUUGUUGGAUCAUUCCCAUUCAACUCAUUUCUUUCCGGCCUACUUUCUUGCAUAGGGACAGCAGUUCUCGCUGUUUGCCUCCGCAUCCAAGUGAACAAAGAAAACAAGGAAUUCAAGGAUUUAGCCCCAGAGCGUGCUUUUGCUGAUUUUGUUCUCUGCAAUUUGGUGCUCCAUUUGGUUAUUAUGAAUUUCCUCGGAUAAAUUGCCACCUUUGGUUGUUCUGUAAUGUUGUUUCCUUAAUUCCUUGAACUUAUUAUAAUUAGGACACACUGUUAGUAACCUUCCAGUGACAGCAAAUCUUUCUUGGUUUGUAUCUCUGGAGCACACUAUUUUUGAGAUU